AGACACGAAGAAUUCGUCAGAGGAGUGACGAACCGUAACUAAAAGGAAAAAAAAAAAUUUUUUUAAAACGCGGCGGCCUUUGCCGUUUUUUCCUCGUCGUCGUGUGGUGAACAACAACCCCCCCCAGUUUGUGAAGAUGCAGUCUAGCCUGUUAUUCCUGUGUUGUUUCCUUUUCGUCUCCAGUCUUGGGGACCCAAUAAGGACCAAAAAAGAAGCACCUUUAAGUCCACCUUCAAAUCAGUAUGGUCCACCAGCAACCUCCUAUGGAGUUCCAAACGUAGGAAACUCUUAUAACGCACCGUCCGAUUCCUACGGUGCUCCACCACCACCACCUUCCUCCUAUGGUGCUCCAUCAGGGCCGUCCUCUUCUUACAACGCACCGUCGUCCAGUUAUGGUGCUCCAUCAGGACCGUCUUCUUCCUACAAUCCACCAUCGUCUAGCUAUGGUGCUCCAUCGGGACCAUCUUCUUCUUACCAUGCACCGUCAGGUUCAUCUUCUUCCUAUCACGCACCAUCAUCCAGUUACGGUGCUCCAUCAGGUCCGUCUUCUUCUUACGGUGCACCAUCGUCUAGUUAUGGCGCUCCAGCAGGUCCAUCUUCUUCCUACGGUGCACCAACUGACCACGGUAGUGAUCACGGCGACCAAGGAUACAGCAGUGGUGGAUCUUUUAAUGAUGAUCACGGAGGUGGGGGUGGACAUGGAGGUGACCACGGUUCCUUUGGAGGAGACCACCAUGGUGGUGGUGGAGGAGGAGGAGGAGGAGGAGUAUCAACUUCCUAUGGCCCUCCAUCGCAAUCAUAUGGACCUCCAGCGCAAUCAUAUGGACCUCCAGCGCAAUCAUAUGGACCGCCAGCUCAACCUCAAGGAAGAUGGGAGAAGAAAUUAACGUGGAAACCAGAAUGGAAACAAAUUUGGAAAACAGAGCAAAAAUUAACUUGGAAACAGGAAUGGAAAAAGGUUCAAGUACCUGUUUGGAAGGAAGUCCAGGUUCCAGCGUGGAAAGAAGUUAAGGUACCAGCAUGGAAAAAGGUUCAGAAGCCUGUUUGGAAAGAGAUCCAAGUUCCAGCGUGGAAGGAGGUCCAAGUGCCAGCCUGGAAAAAAGUUUGGAAGCCAGUGUGGAAAGAAGUACAGGUCCCCAUAUGGAAAGAGGUACAAGUACCUGAUUGGAAGAAGGUUUGGGUCCCUGAAUGGGUUAAAAUAGGUAUUCCCGGUGAGCAAUACGUCGGUAAAGAUCAGCAUGGAUGGCAAUAUACCAGUCAUGACCUUUGGAAAAAGAAACUGAUAUGGAAACCUGUGUGGAAGAAAGUCUGGAAGACAGAGAAGAAGCAGGUUUGGGUCAGCGAGAAGAAACUAGAAUGGAAGGCUGAAUGGAAACAGAUCUGGAAGACUGAGAAGAAACAGAUCUGGGUGAGCGACAAGAAAUUGGUUUGGAAAGAAGAAUCGGUUCAGGUUUGGGUGCCUGAAAAGAAGCAAAUUUGGGUGACGCAGAAGAAGCAGGUAUGGAAAGACGAAUGGAAGAGCAAGUGGGUGCCAGUGUGGAAGGAUGUGCAGGUACCAGCGUGGAAGAAGGUAUGGAAGCCUGUCUGGGAGAAAGUUUGGGUACAGGCCGAGCCCCACCACGAUGAACACCACGGAUACAAAUAAAAUUCCCCCCCGAGAUUCUUCGUUCGAUCCUCACUCAUCUGGACGAUAAAACGUCCGUCGUUGUUAAAGUUUUUUGCUAGUGUAGUCGUAGCCGGAGGAUCAAAGGUCCGUGUGUCGCGAAAGUCGUCAUCGGUACGCUCUUUUUUUUGCUCUCUUUUUGGAGGAAAAAUGAGGACUCGGCUGUUGUGUGUUUUUUAAAUCAAUGGGAACGUAAAACUACGUUCGCGAGUCAAGAGACUUUAUUCUUGGUACUAAAAAAACGUUUUCACAGUAGGAAAUUUUGAAAUUAUUGACAUUUAAUAAUCUUUUAAGAGGGCGGAGAAAUAUUUUCUUAUUGUCUUUAUACUUUAUUUUUUCUU